UUGAGUGAGCCAUCCAUAUGUAUCAAAGAUCAACAGUCAGAAAGUGUCUGAUUCAUAAUUGAUCUGCUUGUUGUACAAGAAUGAAGAUAGACUUACACUGCCACAUCCUGCCCAAGGAAUGGCCCAAUCUGAAACAGAGAUAUGGAUAUGAAGGUUGGGUCCAACUUCACCAUCACUCUGAGGGUGAAGCAAAAAUGGUGAAAGAUGGCAACAUAUUCAGAGUGAUACAAAAAAACUGCUGGGAUCCACAAGUACGGAUUCAAGAAAUGGAUCAAUCAGGUGUAACAAUGCAGGCUCUUUCCACUGUUCCGGUCAUGUUCAACUAUUGGGCAAAACCCAAGGACACUCUGGACCUGUGCCAUAUUUUGAAUGAUGACAUUGCAGCCACAGUACGUUCACACCCAAAGAGAUUCACUGGUCUUGGUACACUGCCCAUGCAGGACCCAGAACUUGCUGUUCGAGAAAUGCAUCGUUGUGUGAAAGAGUUAGGAUUUCCUGGAGUUCAAAUUGGCUCCCAUAUCAACGAUUGGGAUUUGAAUUGCCCAGAGCUUUACCCAGUGUAUGCUGCUGCAGAAAAGUUAAAAUGUGCCAUAUUUGUACAUCCUUGGGAUAUGAAGAUAGAUGGGAGAAUGUCCAAGUACUGGCUUCCAUGGCUUGUAGGUAUGCCUGCUGAAACAACCGCAGCAAUGUGUUGCAUGCUGUUUGGUGGAAUAUUUGAAAAAUUUCCAAAAUUGAAGGUGUGUUUUGCCCAUGGAGGUGGUGCUUUCCCUUAUACCAUUGGUAGGAUUGAACAUGGAUUCAACGUCCGGCCUGAUUUGUGUGCUAUGGACAACAAGAUAAACCCUCGAAAGUACCUGAACCAUUUUUACACAGACUCAUUAGUACAUGAUCCGCUUGCACUAAAACUAUUGGUGGAGGUGAUAGGGAAAGACAAGGUGAUGCUGGGGACAGAUUAUCCAUUCCCACUGGGAGAACUGAAACCAGGAACCCUUAUUGAAUCAAUCGAAGAAUUCAGCGAUGAACUUAAAGAUAAGCUCCUCGCCAAAAAUGCAAUGGAGUUCCUUGGCCUUGAAAAGAAACAGUUUAUUUGAUACAUCAGCUUUUUAACAUGCUUACUUGUUCAUUGGUUCAGAAACAUCUAUACUGUUUGAGACAUAGUUGGAUAUGGCACUUGACAUAAUCAUUUUCCAAAAUGAAAUUGUGUAAUUCAGUCUAUAGGAUGAGAUGACUACUAUUUCAAAUUCAACAUCCAACCCUUUUUAUUUUAACUGAUUACUGUGAGACAGCUCUUGCUUCUGUUGAUCAAAGGCAGUCUUUAAAAUCCUUAACAUCAAUUUCAAAUUGUGUGAAAAGUUGCAUACUGCUAAGAAAAUCAGCAAAACUCCAUGGAGAACAAGAAUUAUAUUUUAAAAAUUCUUUACUUGUAUCAACUACUUGCCUGCACCAAUUGUCUUGCAGAAUGUCUGGUCAACUUUUACUCCUAAUUUCCAAAG